AUGAACAUUAAUAACUAGUUACUAAAGAUCGUACAAGAUGUAUUAAUUGUCCAAUAUCUCUAGAUUCAAUUAACAAUUAAGAGCGAUUUCGAUCUCAAACCGAACCUUGAUGAGUUGAUCACAAUAUUGAGAUAAUAAGUGACUAUUUUGAUUGAGUUGGUACAAUAAUAAAAGAGUGUUGAUUAUGAUUAAUUGGAGAAAGCAGUCCAGAAGGCUGAAGCUGAAAUUCGAAACCAUGUGAGAGUAAUUGUGCAAUUCCUACCAAUUUAGGUCGAAUAGUAAAUGAAGCUAUAUUCGGACAGUCUCUAAGAGAAGAUUGAUUAAUUGGAAAGGGAAAAAUAGGAAUUGAUUGACAAGGUAUCCCAUCAUUCUACUAAUCCCUAAGAACAAGACCCUUCUUUAAAGUCAGGAACGAAAGAUCUCAUCACAAAAUGCGACCAGAGAAUCAAGUCCUAGUUUAUUCAAGAAGUCCUACAUCUUAGGCAAUUAGGUGUAUAAUAGACAAUAGGGUACUUCACAAGACAACUGUACAUCAGUCAUGUAAAAUUGUGAUAGUCACUAGACCAGAGAAAAAAGAAGCUCUGGCACCUAACAUUCAUACAUUAUGAUGAAAAACAUGUAUGAGAUCAAUAUAUCCAAUUAGUCGAGAUAAAAUUAAUAUGAACGCCUCUUAGGAAAAGAUUAAUGAUAAAAGUUCCACAAUUCUCAAAUCUCAAAAUGGUUCCUCGCUCAUUAAAAUGUAUAACAUUUAGAAACUAAUCAUCAAAAAUCAACAGGAUAAAAAUUUAUAAUAAUUAAAAAAGUACUAUCCUUAUCCUACCCUUAGCUAAACUUUGAAUCAAAUUUUAGACGACUCUCAAGCAACAAAAAAGAAACCUUGA